AUGGAGAGGGGUUGUCUAACGUUCACCGCAGCAUCAGUACCUCCAACACCUACACGGAGCUUCUUCAACUAUGGCGGAGCCGUCUUCAACCACUUGUCUGGGCCCACUCAUCACCCUUCAAUUCCAAUAAGUACAAUUACUACAAGUAGCAGUAUUCAGAGUAGAAGAAGACCACUUUCUGUGAAAGCGUCGUCGCAGAGCUUAUCUACAAGUCGACAGACGCUAUCGAACAACUGGGAUGUCUCAGACUACUCUGCUUCCCCUUCUUGGCUGCCCAGAUUCGAAGAGCUUGAUACCACCAACAUGCUUCUUCGCCAGAGAAUUAUUUUUUUGGGUUCCCAGGUAGAUGAUGUGACAGCGGAUUUCAUCAUAAGUCAGCUCUUAUUUCUUGAUGCUGAUGACCCAAAAAAAGACAUCAAGUUGUUCAUUAAUUCACCUGGCGGCUCUGUUACUGCUGGAAUGGGGAUAUAUGAUGCUAUGAAAUUGUGCAAGGCUGAUGUUUCAACAAUUUGCUUGGGUCUUGCUGCAUCCAUGGGUGCAUUUCUUCUUGCUUCUGGUUCUAAAGGGAAGAGGUUUUGCAUGCCUAAUGCGAGGGUGAUGAUUCAUCAGCCUCUUGGAACUGCUGGAGGCAAAGUAAGUACUCAAAUUACAUAA